AAAAUAAUUUUGUCAUCAAGAGACCUCUGACAAAUAAAUAGCCCCCAGUCCACCCCCAAACUCCAAGAAUCCCACACCUCUGCGAUUGGGUUCGCACCUGAAACCAUAAUCACACUUUGGGUUAUCCCGCAAUGGCAGGCAGAGAAGUUCGAGAAUACACCAAUCUCACAGACCCUAAAGAUAAAAAAUGGGGGAAAGGGAAGGAUAAGGUGGACGACGAAGACGUCACCUUCCAACGCAUGGUUGCAAAGACUUUUGAGGGGAGGUUUCUGAUAACGUGCCCUGACAGGGAUCCUGGCUUCUUCUACUGGGUGGUUGAUGCAUGCAGAUGCAAGAGGUUGCGGGAGAACGUGGAGGUUACCUUCAUGGCCGAGGCGUUUGAGUAUACAGCCUUGGACAGUGAUGACCUAUUAUAUCUCAAGGAGCAGAUGGAAGCUGAGGAGGAUGCAGAACGCCUCCUUCGUCGCACUGAGAAACGAGCAUUUGCUGCAUUUAAGCAAGCUGCAAGUCUGGCAGAUUCUUCACCUGCAUCGGCUCCCUUGACACUUCGUGUUGAGCCCAAACAAAAGAGUGGGAUUAGACAGCAAGAUUUACUGAAAAAGGUGGUAGAAGUUAAACCCAAAAAGCAGAAAGUUGCAAGUCCAUCUAAUGGUACUCAGUUACCCCUCUCCCAAAAGAAUGUUGGUGCUUCUUCGACAAAUCUUAAGCCUGAAUCUGACCAGGACAAGGACAAGGUGCAUUUGUCAUCACCAUCUUCCAAAAUAGAUGGUGAGUCCAAGGUGGAAACUACUGCCCAAAGCUUAUUAGGCUUAGCAUAUGCAAGCUCUGAAGAUGAAGAUUAAAGAAAGAAAUGGCAUGCUCUCGUGAAGCUUGCUUUUUUUUUUUUUCACUUGUCUUUACAUAGUAUUAUUGUAUCCUUGAUUAUUAGUACAAAAACAUCUGCUCAGACUACUUUUUACUGAAGACUAUGCUUAUGAAAGUCGGUACAAUUUUGUUAUAA